AUGGCGUUUCUGCUUUCAAUGAUGGGUUUUCGGCUGUGGAGUGAGAUAUGUCUCAUAGUCAGUACCACCACUGCAAAUACCAUUGUUGGGAAUGAGACUGAUCGCCUUGCAUUGCCCGCCUUCAAGACAAUGAUAACACAAGACCCUCAUGGGAUUGUGAACUCAUGGAACAAUUCUGACCAUUUCUGUGAGUGGAAAGGUGUUAGAUGCAGUCACCGGCACAAGGGAGUCACCAUUAUAGACUUACAAUUCAGAGAUCUAGUUGGUUCCUUAUCUCCUCACAUUGGGAAUCUCAGCUUGCUUCACGAGUUGAGGCUCAAUAACAACACUUUCCAGGGUGAAAUCCCUGCUGAAAUUGGAAAUCUGUUCAGGCUUCAAAAACUGAACCUGAGCAUAAACAAUUUUGAAGGAGAAAUUCUAGCCAACCUUUCUCGCUGCUCAAACCUCACAUACCUUGGUGUAGGUUUCAAAAAUCUAGUUGGAAAAUUCCCCGAAGAGCUUACUUCAUUGUCAAAGCUUAUAUACCUUGGAAUUCACUUGAACAAUUUGACACGAGGUAUUCCUCCGUUCAUUGGGAAUCUUACUUCUCUUGUAAGAAUUACUGCGGCUUAUAAUCCUUUCGGUGGAAGUAUUCCAGAUACCUUGGGACAAUUGAAAAAUCUAAAUUUCCUUGGAUUGGGUGUCACUCAAUUCUGUGGUAUGAUCCCUUCUUCCAUUUAUAACCUCUCCUUACUAACUACUUUUUCUAUCCCUUAUAACCAACUUCAUGGUAGUCUACCACCUGGCUUUGGUUCCAUGUUCCCCCCAUCUUCAAAUCCUCCAGCUAUAUGGCAACCAAUUUACUGGACCUCUUCCACUUUCAAUAUCCAAUUCUUUAGAACUACUCAAAACCAUUUGUUUGGUUCCUUGCCUGCUGAUGUUGGAAACCUAAAAAAUUUAAUGAAAUUGGAUAUUUCUGAGAAUGGGUUGUCUGGUGAAAUUCCUAGCAGUCUUGGUAGUUGUACUAGCCUUGAAAACCUAUACUUAGUCACAGAGCCACCAUCACAACCAUACUAUGUCAAUCUUUGCAUCAGCAAUGUCUCUCUUCCUCACAAUGGGUUUUAUGCACUGCAGACACCUGAUUUCCACUCUGUCUUUGUUUUGAAACACCCUCUUGUUCCCAGUGCUGUUUUUGGAUCCACAAAGUUGUGGCAGCUGCAACAAGUCCUGGAUGCAUUCAAGAUAGAGUCUUCUUGUGUUUACAGUAUUGAAUUGGUUAAUACACAUACAGGAAUCGAUCAAUUGAUUGAAGACGGUCCGAAACUAGAUUCACUGACGAUUUCUUCCAUUACCGUAGUGAACUGGUUGCUACAAGAAUUUGUUGAAAAACAUGGAAAUGGGUUCGAAGUAGUAUCUACUUUGUCUGGAUGGUGGAAGAAUAAUCCUUCAGUUUACCAUAUAAGGCUUGUUUCUGGGCCUAAACUUUUAGAAUCCAAACAAGAAUUUAAUGGCAAUUACUCAGUUCAGGUGUAUAGUGUGCAAGCUUGCAUUCCAAAGGACCCAACAGCACUUUGGAAUGCUGAAUUUGUGCAGGCAGAAGAACUCUUGAGGCAGCCUUCCACAAUUGAUAAUUGCUUGUGA